AUGACCGCUUGUGUGUACGCUGGCAUACUGUCCAUCAAAAUUUUAUUCUUUCUUAUAUUAUUUCAUUAUUUUUGUAAUCCUUCUUCUCUAUUAAUUGUUUCUUUUUUUCUUUCAUUCUUUCUUUCUUUCAUUCAUUUUUUAUUUAUUUCUUUCAUUCUCUCUUUCAGUAAUCUUUUUGCUGUGAAUUUAUUUACUCUUUAUUUGCAUAAUCAUUCUCUAUUAAUAUAUUAUUUGCCAAAGUCUUUCUUUAUUUCUUUUUGUGAACUUUUUCUAUUAAUUCUUUCUUUCUGUCUUUCUUUCUUUUUUAUUUUCUUCUUCAGUACUCGUUCCAUACAUAUUUAUCUUUCUCUAUCUUUCAACAGCCAUUCAUUAUUAAUUCAUUUUUCCACAUUCUUUUUAUGUCUUUCUUUUUUUUUUCUUUCUUUCCUUCCUUGCUUCAUUUUUCUUUUUCUAAUAUUUUUUAUUUCUCUCUCUCUCUCUCUCUCUCUCUCUUUUUUUCUUUUGAUCUUCUUUCUUUUUCUUUUUCUAUUAAAUAUUCCUUUCUUUUUUUCUUUCUUUCUUUCUUUCCAUCAUUCCUUCCUUCCUUCCUUGCUUGCUUCCUUCCUUUCUUUCUUUUAUCGGUCUCUCAAUCUUUCAUUUUAUAUCUGUUUCUUCUUUUAUUUCUAUAUCCUAGAUGAAUUAUACCUACUCUUUUUAUACUCUUACUCUCUCUCUCUCGUUCUUGUCUCCUCUCUCAUUGUCCGUAUGUCCUUUUCCUUUUCAGCCCCCGACUGA